AUGGGGAUUGUGACGCGCUUGUUCUUGUUGAUGGCAUUGCUGGCAGCAAGUGCCACUUUGGCCACUGGUUUUUUUGCGAUGCACUACAAGGUCUUUCUGGAGCUCUUGGACUUGCCGAAGUUUCGGCAGGAGAUGGAGCGGUGGGGUUAUGAGCAGUCAAUGAUGAAAGAUGUUCUGAAGGCACGUGGCAAGGAGUAUGUGAUCUUCCUUCGCUGUGGUGCUGGAGCAAUUGCAGUGACUUUGGCAGCUGGACAAGGAUUCCGAGGAGUCAUCUUGCUCCCAAUUUGGAUUUCACUGGUGGCCGCUGGCUUUUCGCUAAUGAUGGUGCAAGACUACCGUGCCAUGGUUCUUUAUGUCUCAGUACUUCUGGAGAAAUGCUACCUCUCUGAUGUUAUGCCUUUGGGUCUGGCGCAGAGUGGCAAGGAUCUUACGAAGAGAGUGGCGAGGUUGCCAAAGGAUGCACCGUUUGAGCCUUCUCUUGCUGACACCUUGGCCCUUCAACGGCUCGGCGUGCUGCUAGCCCUGUGCUUCGUGGUCUGGGUGUUGCUUCAAUCAUAUCGGAGGAAAGACAAGAAGGUGCCAAAGCUGGACUCCUUCAGUGGCUACGAGAACAAAAGGCGAAUCGUGGAGGGCCUGGCGCCUGGGGAAUGGUUCGACAAGAAGUACAAGGAUUGGAAGGAUGCGCGCCGUGUCUUUCAGAACGGGCAGCGCGACUUUAGCACGCGCAGUCAGGGCGAUGACUCUUUGGCCGACAAGGUCUCAGCCAUCGAUCUCUCCGAGGUCAAGGAUCCUCACAAUGCGGAUGGUGAGGGUACACCCAUCUACGGCAACUUCAAGUACGAGGAUUGGGUGGUGCUCUCCUGGCGUUAUGAAUUGCACCUGCUGAGCCACGCCUUCCCCAUCGAUGCGGCAGAUUCGGAUCGCCUAGGGGUUCCUGAGGACAGUGACAUGACAUGA